UAUCUCUAAGAUCCAAAGGAUUCAGAAGCUUCUUCAAUUUCAGAACUUAGACUUCAACUCUCCCUUUCUCUCUGAAAUAUGAAGAACAAUAAUAACAACAGCACAAAGCUCAUCCUCCUCCACCCUUACAUUCAAAAGCAAGGGAGCUCCAACCGUCUAUGGCUCCUCGCCUUCCUCUCCUUCUUCACCCUCGCCUUCCUCCUCGCCAUCAUCUACACCCGCGACUCCUCCUCCGCCGCCGCCGCCUCAUCCACGGUGACAGCCCCUGCCACGCCCGGACCCCUCCCAACCACCGUCAUCAACACCCUCCUCCACUAUGUCUCGAGGUCUAACGAGUCAUACCACAUGUCCCAACCCGACCUCAAACUCAUCUCCGACAUCCUUAGGAAGUGCCCCGCCCCGUGCAACUUCCUCGUGUUCGGUCUCACCCAUGAGACCCUCCUCUGGAAGUCCCUCAACCACAAUGGCCGGACUAUCUUCAUCGAUGAGAACCGAUACUAUGCGGCUUAUGUGGAAGAGAAGCACCCGGAGAUUGAUGCGUAUGAUGUGCAGUACACGACCAAGGUCAGCGAGAUGGGGGAGCUGAUCGCGGUGGCAAAGGAGCAGGUGAGGAGCGAGUGCAGGCCGGUGCAAAACCUACUGUUCUCGGACUGCAAACUGGGGAUCAACGACCUCCCGAACCUCGUGUACGAGGUUGACUGGGACGUGAUCCUGGUGGAUGGACCGCGUGGGGACGGACCAAAUUCACCCGGGAGGAUGUCAGCCAUAUUCACGGCCGGGGUCCUCGCCCGGAGUAAGAAAGGAGGGAACCCUAAGACCCAUGUCUUGCUUCACGACUAUUAUAGGAAGGUGGAGAAGGUUUGCGGGGACGAGUUCCUGUGUCGGGAGAACCUGGUCGAGUCGACGAGCAUGCUUGCCCAUUUCGUCUUGGAGAGAAUGGACCCUAACAACUUCCAGUUCUGCCGGAACAAAAUGGCGACGUCUUCUUCACCAAAAUUGUGACAUAAUAUAGGCCCGGAAGAGUUCAAGUCGAUCAGCAUGGAGUUGCAAAUUGAUUAGUGUUUGUGAUCUAUCGAUCUCUAGUGAUCCCUCUUGUGCUCUUUACUUUCAUUCUUGUUUUUGUUUUUGUUUUUUUUUUAAUAGUCGGGUGAAUAUUUAUAAUAAGUUAAUAACAAUUCUUUUUUUGUGAA